CGCCCCGACCGGGAUGGCGGCCGUUUUGGAGUCUCUUCUGCGAGAGGAGGUGUCGGUCGCAGCUGCCGUGCGGUGGAUCGCGCGCAGCACCCAGAGUUCGGAGGAGACCCCGGGGGAGGCGGCCGUGCUGAACUCACUCCGGCCCCUACGGAAGGAAUUCGUACCGUUCCUGCUCAACUUCCUGAGGGAGCAGAGUAGCCGCGUCCUCCCGCAGGGCCCCCCAACCCCAGCCAAGGCUCCAGGAGCCUCAGCAGCCUUGCCAGGGAGGCCGGGGGGCCAGCCGCGGGGUGGCCGCGGGGCGCGCAGCCAGCUCUUUCCUACGACUGAGCCCCCGAGCACCGCCGCUGAGGCCCCUCUGACCCGCCGCGGGGGCAGGAGGCGGGGUCCGGGGCCUGCCCGGGAGAGAGGAGGCCGUGCCCCCGGGGUCCCAGAGGAGGGGGUCCGCGGGGAGAGCCUGUCCUGGCCCGGAGGCCGGAGGCUUAAGGGCUCUGGUAGCCCCAGUACCCCCAGCCUCACGCUCUCUGAUCCACCAAACCUCAGCAACCUGGAGGAGUUCCCUCCCGUAGGCUCGGUUCCCCCCGGCCCUGCAGGCAGGACGAAGCCUUCACGCAGGAUCAACCCAACUCCGGUGAGCGAAGAGCGGUCACUCUCCAAGCCCAAGAUCUGCUUCACCUCACCCCCAAUCAGCUGUGUCCCCAGUUCCCAACCCUCAACCCUGGACACUAGCCCUUGGGGCCUUGGCCUUCCCCCAGGGUGCAGAAGUCUGCGAGAGGAGCGGGAGAUGCUCAGGAAGGAGCGCUCUAAACAGCUGCAGCAGUCACCUACCCCUGCCUCUCCCACCCCAGAAUUGGGAACUUCCCUCCCCAGCCGGACUGGAAGCCUCACUGCAGAACCUGCUGACCCUGCCAGAGUGUCUUCCCCCCAGCGCCUGGAGCUGGUAGCCCUUGUCUACUCCUCGUGCAUUGCUGAGAACCUGGUCCCAAACCUCUUCUUGGAGCUUUUCUUCGUCUUUCAGCUCCUUACUGCCCGAAGGAUGGUGGCUGCCAAGAACAGUGACCUUGAACUGAGUCAAGAUUCCCUGGAAAGCCCACUAUUCCAGAGCAUCCAUGAUUGUGUGUUCUUUGCAGUGCAGGUUUUAGAGCACCAAUUUCAGGUUCUUUCCUCCUUGGACAAAGGGACCUUAAAGCUGCUGACUGAGAAUGAACGACUACUGUGCUUCUCACCAGCUCUUCAAGGCCGACUUCGAGCUGCUUACGAGGGCAGUGUUGCCAAGGUCUCUCUGGCGAUGCCACCCUCGGCUCAAGCUGUCUCCUUUCAGCCAGAAACUGACAAUCGUGCCAACUUCUCCAGUGACCGAGCCUUUCAUACUUUUAAAAAACAGAGAGAUGUGUUCUAUGAGGUUCUUCGAGAGUGGGAAGAUCGCCACGAGGAGCCCGGCUGGGAUUUUGAGAAGGGCUUGGGCAGUAGGAUCAGAGCCAUGAUGGGUCAACUGUCUGCAGCCUGCAGCCAUAGCCACUUUGUACGGCUUUUCCAAAAACAACUUCUCCAGAUGUGUCAGAGCCCUGGUGGUGCUGGGGGCACUGUCUUGGGUGAGGCCCCAGAUGUGUUGAGUAUGCUAGGAGCUGACAAGCUGGGGCGGCUGCGGCGACUACAGGAACGACUUGUGGCUCCUCAGAGCAGUGGGGGGCCCUGUCCACCCCCCACCUUUCCUGGCUGUCAAGGCUUCUUCAGGGACUUCAUCCUAAGUGCCAGCAGCUUCCAGUUUAAUCAACAUCUUAUGGAUAGUCUGAGCUUGAAGAUACGGGAACUUAAUGGCCUUGCCCUGCCUCAACAUGAGCCUGGUGAUGAAGAUGGAGAGUCAGAUGUAGACUGGCAGGGUGAACGGAGGCAAUUUGCUGUGGUGCUUCUUAGCCUCAGACUUUUGGCUAAGUUUCUGGGCUUUGUGGCUUUCUUGCCAUACCGGGGCCCUGAACCACCCCCAACCCGUGAGCUUCAAGACUCCAUUCUGGUCCUCAGGAGCCAGGUUCCUCCUGUCCUGGAUGUUCGAGCUCUGCUGCAGCAGGGGCUGAGGGCCCGCCGGGCAGUGCUCACUGUGCCCUGGCUGGUGGAGUUCCUUUCCUUUGCUGAUCACAUUGUCCCUUUGCUGGACUAUUACCGGAGCAUCUUUACUCUCCUGCUGCAUGUACAUCGGAGCUUGGUCUUAUCUCAGGACAAUGAAGGGGAGAUGUGUUUCCUAAACAAGCUGCUCCUGCUUGCUGUCCUGGGCUGGCUCUUCCAGAUUCCCACAUUCCCUGAGGAUCUAUUCUUUCUGGAAGAGGGUCAAGUGGAUGCAUUAGAGGUGGACACAGCAGCUUCAGAGCAUGGCUUGGACAGUGUGCCUGUGGUGGAUCAGCAGCUGCUCUACAUCUGCUGCCCCUACAUCGGAGAGCUCCGGAAACUGCUCGCUUCAUGGGUUUCAGGCAGUAGUGGACGGAGUGGGGGCUUCGUGAGGAAAAUCACCCCCACUACCACUACUGGCCUGGGAGCCCAGGCUCCUCAGACCAGCCAGGGGCUGCAGGCACAGCUUGCCCAGGCCUUUUUCCACAACCAGCCACCUUCCCUACGCAGGACUGUGGAGUUUGUGGCAGAGAGAAUUGGCUCAAACUGUGUCAAACACAUCAAGGCGACGCUGGUGGCAGAUCUGGUGCACCAGGCAGAGUCACUUCUUCAGGAGCAGCGGGUGACACAGGGACAGAAAGGGGGAGAUCCAGCCCAGUUGUUGGAGAUCUUGUGUUCCCAGCUGUGUCCCCAUGGGACCCAAGCAUUGAGCCAGGGGCGGGAGUUCUGCCAAAGGAAGAGCCCUGGGGCUGUGCGGGCACUGCUUCCAGAGGAGACCCCAGCAGCUGUACUAAGCAGUGCAGAGAACAUAGCUGUGGGGCUUGCAACAGAAAAAGCCUGUGCCUGGCUGUCAGCCAACAUUACAGCACUGAUUAGGAGGGAGGUGAAAGCGGCUGUGAGUCGCACACUUCGAGCCCAGGGUCCUGAACCGGCUGCCCGGGGGGAGCGGAGGGGCUGCUCCCGCGCCUGUGAGCACCACGCUCCCCUCCCCUCCCACCUCAUCUCCGAGAUAAAAGAUGUGCUCUCUCUGGCUGCUGGGCCCCGAGACCCUGAUGAGGGUGUUUCCCCAGAGCAUCUGGAGCAGCUCCUAGGCCAGAUGGGCCAGACACUACGGUGCCGUCAGUUCCUGUGCCCACCUGCUGAGCAGCAUCUGGCAAAGUGCUCUGUGGAGUUAGCUUCCCUCCUGGUUGCAGACCAGAUCCCUGUCCUAGGGCCUCCACCACAGCACAGGCUGGAGCGAGGGCAGGCUCGAAGGCUUCUGCACAUGCUGCUUUCCCUGUGGAAAGAUGACUUCCAAGGUCCAGUUCCACUACAGCUGCUACUGAGCCCAAGAAAUGUGGGGCUUCUGGCAGAUACUCGGCCAAGGGAGUGGGACCUGCUGCUGUUCUUACUUCGGGAGCUGGUAGAGAAAGGUCUGAUGGGACGGAUGGAGAUAGAAGCCUGCCUAGGCAGCCUUCAUGAGGUCCAGUGGCCUGGGGACUUUUCUGAAGAACUAGCAACACUGUUUAACCUGUUUCUAGCUGAGCCCCACAUGCCAGAACCUCAGCGGAGAACUUGUGAACUGGUACAGCCAAAUAGGGGGACAGUGCUGGCCCAAAGCUAGGGCUGGGAAGUGGCCCUGUUUUGGGCGUCUCACCAGAACCCUGGAAUCCUGCCUGUGCCUCAGGUGGAGCCCCAAGAGCCCUUGGCAACCCUUGCUAGGGUAGGAGUAGCUGGGUCUGUGAUCAGAUUUCCUGCUCAGGUGAGAAGUAUGUGGUUACUGGGCAUCCCACAGACUGCAGGCUUGCCACCCGAAUCCUAGAGGAAGAAACAGCCACUAAUUCAGCAUGAAGGUGGAAAAGCUGAGACUCUAACCCAGGAGCUGAAGAGCUGACAUUUGCCACAUGGAUGCGAAAUGAAAUGAAGAGUGUGGGCUGGUCAAUACAGGAUUCAGACCUCACUUGCUGCUAUCUCAGAUCUCUCAAAACUUUGUGGUUCUGAGAAAUCAUGACAGAGUUGAAUGACUUCUGCCUAACUUGUUAAGUUAAAACCUGGACUGCCAUGUUAAAUAUGCACAACAGAUUAGGUAGGACUUGCCCAACUGAAACCUGGCAUCACCCUGGACUUCACCCCUGUGCAGGUAGUGACACUUCAGACUUGGUCUGUUCGGGGACAUGCACAGGGAAGCAAAAAAGAAUAAACUGUUUUAACAAAG